AUGAGCCGACCGGCCUUUUCUCCAACCAUCCAUUCAUCCAUCCAUCUCACUUUCUCGCUCAAUCUCUCUCUCUCUCUUUCUCUCUCUCUCUCUCCGUCUGUAUCUCUCACACAUAAACUACUUCUCUCUCUCUUCCAUCUUCACCCCCCGCACUCUCUCUCUCUCUUUCUUUACUGUCUCUCUCUCUCUCUCUCUCUUCCAUCUCGUCUCUCUCUCUCGUCCAUCUCCUCUCUCUCUCUCUCUCUCUCUUUCUAUCUUUCGCUUUCUCUCUCCCCGUCUGUAUCUCUCACACAUAAACUACUUCUCUCUCUCUUCCAUCUCCUCUCUCUCUCUCUCUUUCUCUCUCUCUCUUUCUCUCUCUCUCUUUCUCUCUCUCUCUCUCUCUUUCUCUACCAUCUCUCUCUAUCUCUCUCUAUCUUUCGCUUUCUCUCUUCACCCCCCCUCUCUCUCUCUCACAGACACACACACUUUUAUAUUCUUUUCUCUCUCUCUUUCUCUCUCUCUUGGUCUUUUCAUAUCUAUCUUUACUCGUUCUCUUUCUUUCGCUAUUUUUCUCUGCCUUUCUUUUAUCUUUGCCGUGUACACCCACUUCCGGUCUUUUCAUGUUUACCUUUGCUGCGUACACUUUCUCUCUUUCACCCUGUCUUUCCCUCCCUCAACAUCUCUCACUCUGCUUCCGUCUACGUAUUCAUGUUCACUGCGUAUACACAGACAUACAGUCACAUUCUUAUAUUCAGUGAGAGUGAUAAACACUCACUCUGUCGUUACAUAUUUAUCUUUCACCCCUCCCCCCCUCUCUCUCUCUCACAAACUAUCUGUCUUUUUCUCUCUCUUUCUUGA